AUGGCCGCCCCGAUCUCCAAAGACAUCACCGGCGCUCAAGAGGGCAACGACGUUUACCUAGUCCCGCCCAUCCCUUCCGGCUUCUGCAUCCGGUGUUGCGAGCUUAUUAGCUUUUUGCCUUUCCAAGGAACUGGACGACAGGCCUUGUUUCGGGGAAAGAUCUUCGGCGUGGCAGAGAAAGACACAAAGAGACUAGAAGGGGCCCACGGAAAGACAUCAGCACGCGUAUGUCUGCGAACGAGAGACACUUUGCCCGUUCCGUCUUACGUCGAGAUCUUGAGAGUUCAGGUUAUGGACGAUGGAUGGGAGAAAAUGGGGCCCGCGACGUUCAAGGUGCCACACUCACCGCAAGCUAUUGGAGGCGUCGGCCAAACUCAACUACGGUACGAGAAAAUCAUCAUCACUAGCCGCAAGGUUCGAGAUCUACGAUCCUUGAACACGCGAGGUCAGAACGAGAUGCAAACGAACCGACGGGGCUAUGAUGGCUUCACUCUGGGAGCGUAUAGCGAAGAGUGUUAUCUCAAAAUAUUACGCUCCAAGACAUGUGGGUCAACCCACGCUUACACGUACGUCUGCCGUCACACGAUAAGGGAUAUCCAGCACCAGCUCCAGCGUUCGAACGAUGACAGCCUCACCAUACCCGUACCUGAAGACCUUCUCUGCGUCUACCUAAACCCUCGAGCGUUUCUGAACCCUACUCGCCUAUGCACAGCCCCCUCUGACAGCCGCCGUCUGAUGUUUUCCAACAGCGCCAUGAGGUCAAGAACCCGAGCCGCUUCCGAGCCCCGUGUCAGCCAUUCCCGCAGCGACCCCUCCAGGGCUGACCAAUGGAAAGCCACAGAGAUAGGCAUCCCGAGGGCCGCCUUGACGAUCAUACUGCGGUGGCUUGCGUGGCUGGGGGCAGAAAGCUUCAAGGCAAUGGAUUUUUUUGAUAUUGGGGAGCACGGCAGUUCAUCAUCUGCCACAAAACGCCCCUCCCAGCAGUGCCACCUUACCGAUAUUUCGCUGAAGACGGCAUAUUGGAAAAGAAGGCCCCCGGCCCGCCCGCUGUCCACGUCGCUUGCCAUUGUCAAUAGUCUCGUAUCCGUGCCCCGAGCUAAGACGAUUCCGAAGGACGGCGCACGACUAGGCUGGUUGGCACGGUUGUCUGUUGGCUUCUUGGGGUGGGGGCACGACGACUGGACGCCCUCUCUGGCACCUUGGGCGUCUUGGGAAAAGGGACCGGGAGCACGCUUCCGCGCCGGCUGGCGGGCGGCUUUUGUUGCGAGCGGCCCCCCCGCGUCGAGAGACGGCGUUGAAGGAGCUUCUUCCCCACUCCGCGGUACCCACUCCGUGCGGCCGGAGAGGGCGGAGCCACACCCAAAUGGCUGGGAAGAGAUGAGGGAUGGUGUUGAUGAUGUGGCUCAGGCAAAGCCGUUUGCGGUCACACGGGAACUUACCGUACUGUUCUACACACCAGUCGCCAAAAGGUGUGAAGGCCACAGAGGUCUAGGCCUGCCUUCAUAG